AUGAACUUGAGGAGCAGAGAUUCAUCAAGCCUAGUUCCAAGAGUUGAAGACAUAGUUGCACUUGAGAGGGAGGUAGCAAGAAAGAGAAGAGAAGAAGAGCAACAGACUCACUUUCAGAGAUUGGGGUUUGAAAUGGAGCACAAUCAGAAUCAGCCUCAUGAUGGAGUGGCCCAAGGAGCUGCAAACCUUAGGCCACAACAUCGACAACGCCAAGCUAGAGCCGUUGGAGCCUAUGAUCAACCUCACAUUCAUGGUCAUAAGUUGGGAAUCAGAGCACCAGCUGUGGAAAACAACAACUUUGAUAUCAAGUCAGGGAUGCUUAACACCAUAGAGAACAACAAAUGCUUUCAAGUUGAAGCUGUUCCCUUUUUCUUUGGGAGACAAAGCACAUCAAUGGGAGAAGGCUCUUCCAAGAAUGAGAUCUCUAGCUUUCAGCAGAAGCACCUAGAGAGAUUUAGUGAAGCAUGGGAGAGGUUCAAAAGCUAUUGGUCUCAAUGCCCACAUCAUGGCUUCACCAAGGAGAGUUUGCUUAGCACCUUCUAUAGAGGAGCUCUACCACACUGCAGAAACAUGCUUGAUACUGCCAGCAAUGGUUUCUUUUUGGGAAGAACUGAGGAAGAGGCAGAGGAACUGGUAGAAAACAUGGCCAAGAGUGAGUCAGUCUACAGUGAGGAGCAUGAUAGGGUCAACAGAAGUGAUGAUCAGCAGACAAAGAAAGAGAUCAGGUCCUUACAAGACAAGAUGGAUUUGCUUCUUUCCAACCAAGCUAAACAGGAACAGAUGAACUUUGUGGGUGGUCCUAGUCAAGAGGUUCCUCCUAAGGUCAAUGAGGUUGAUGGUUUAGAUGGCAAAGAGGAGCUGUGCUUCAUCAAUGCUAAUGGCACAUGGCCUUACUACAACAAUCAGCAAGGAGGUUACCAAGCCAAGCAUAACUAUCCUCAAGCCAACCAGUCUCCUCAGACUCAAGGAAGCUCUUCUAAAGCUCAAGCUCCAGAUUCAAGUGUGGAUUAUAUGCUCAAACAACUCUUGGAAUUUCAGGCCAGAAAUGAGAAGACCAUGAUUUAUGAGUUCAAGAACAUCCAUGCAAAGAUUGAUGGGAACUAUUCUGACCUCAACAACAAGUACAUGCAACUUGCCUCUCAUCUCAAGGCUUUGGAGAGUCAAGUUGCUUCUAUGCCUUCAUCCUCCAAGCAGCCAAUGGGGUCUCUACCAGGGAAACCAGAAAAGAACCCCAAGGAGUCUUGCAAUGUUGUCUUCUCCACUACUUCUCUAGAGAUUGAGCUGAGUGAUCAUGAGAAAGAGGAGGAUGAGGUUGAAAGACUGGUAAUUGGAACUGAGUUUGGGGAAGUUGAGAGAUUUGUUGUGGCCACAGAUGAAGUUAAGCUAGAGGAAGCCACUGAGGUUGAGCUAUCACCCUAUGAUAAGCUCCCUUUCCCCCAAAGAGUUCUCACCAAAGCUCAGAAGAAGGCGCUCUCCAAGUUCAGGAAAGAUCUUAGUGAUGUUGGGGUCAGGCUUCCAGAAAUUUCGGGUAUGCGUGAAGCUCAUGUCCAGAUGAUGCUCAUCAAUGACAUUCUAGACCACCAAGCUGAAGUGGCCGAGAUUUUGGACAUCUCCAUUCUGAAGAUUGAUCCACCAAUCCCUCCAAAGUCCCUCCCUAAGCUUGAGUCUCAAGGGAUGUUCACCUUGCCUUGCUACCUUGGGAUUGAGAGCAUAGAGCCAAACACAUCUUCCCUACAGUUUGGAGAUUCCUCUUCUACAACCCCUAUUGGUCUCAUCAAGGACUUCCCUUUGAAGAUUGGAGCAUGCACCAUUCCUAUAGACCUCACUGUUCUGAAGAUGGUAACUGAGAAGUGA